AUGUUCAGAAUUAGAGGGGGCAUUCGUUAUUUGUCCACGACGACUACGUUGAACCCAACGUCCAUUCGAUUUCAUCGGCCGGAUAACCAUCACAAGUCUCUCAUUCUACUGACUACACCGUCUCAGCUGAACCAAAUUGUAACCAAAUUAUCUGAAUCCACUCAGCCAAAGGUGGAGAGUCUCCUUGUUGCUUCGGUAGAUUCCAUAACCGGCUCACGAAAUGCAUUUACUGAAUUAUGGCUGGAAACCCCUUUUAAGAUCAAGGAACUUGAGCUUGUGGAAGAUAUGGAGAAAAGACUAAGUAAAAAGUACAAUCCACUAAGUGCAGAUCCAAUUAAAAUGCAAGGAAGAAAUUGGAAAGAUACCACAGAAGAGACAAUUCUCGGUUUGAGCAUUCCCCAGUGGAACAUUACCUUUCAUACCAGAUUGGCCAACACUAUUUUUACAAACUCUCAGCAGAGUACUUGCUUCAUUGCUAAUGGUGGAGAGCUGGAUUACCUAAAUCUUUCUCAAGUCAGAAUUGAUAUUGACACCGACCAAGAAUAUGGAAGUGACAAUAUCACCUACCAUAACAGACUAACUGAAAUUCCAAUGGUUUGUGGAAUCGAAGACACCUAUAAAAUUACCGAUUUUAAAGGCAACCUGAUAAAGAGCAUAAACCACAAGAGUGCAUCUGGAUAUCUUACCGAGAACCCGAAAGUUAUGGAUUCGAAGAAGGAUUUGUUUUUUAAAUUAUACAGUGAAGGUGAUAAUGUUGACUCGUGGAUGGAAGAGUACUACAGGUUGGUUGUUGGAGGUUUAGGAUGGGGUGAAAAGCAGGCAUUUAUUGCAUUAGAUACUGUAGUUGGAGAACCCGGACUGAGAAACGUUCGGUUGUUUUACCAUGAUGAACAGAAGCCCAAGUUUCAGCUUCAAUCACCAGACAACAAAGACAGUAUGGUAUUUGAAUGCACAGAACUCGAAGAGGGAUAUCAGGACUUUACCAAAGACAAUGAUGAAAAAGUACUCCCGCGUGUCUUUGGUGUAGGGUCCAACCAUGGAUUCAACCUUAACGGAGUCUGGCAUAGAUCCAAUGGAGAAACAGUUGUGCUUUGA